CAGAACAUAAACGUGUUUGACAUUUGUUUAUUUUGAGAGUUGGAUUCACGGACGAGCACACCGCUUGUUGUUAUCUCGUCGUCGAUUGAAAUAUUUUAUUGUGUGUUUAAAAAAAUUGUAUUAAAACUGCGGAUGAAAAAGUACAGUUUUUUAUUAAUUGUGGUGGUUGAGUUUUAACUAAAGUGUAAAAUAAAAACAAAAUGCAACAUAUAAAGCGGGAGCCAGUGGUUGAGAGGCCAAAAUUGUCUCUGAUUGCUGUAAGCGAAGCAGCAAGAAAAUUUAAAAAUAUCUUCGUGCUAGAACCAAAUCGAAAUUAUACGGUGGGUCGAGAGAAAACCAGUGAUAUUUAUUUGGGCUCGCCCCUAUGUAGCAAAAGUCAUUGCAUAUUACAAGUGGGCGAGGAAGAGGUGAUUGUUAAAGAUCAGAGUUUGUAUGGUACUCGUGUGAAUUUUGUGAAUUAUAAAGACAGUCGAUGCAUUUUAACCGAGGGUGAUUUGAUUGGAUUCGGUUGUGCAACAAAUACCAAGCAUCUGAAGGAUAAAAACGAUCAUAAAUAUUAUGUGUAUCGUUUUACAAUUGGAAGCGGCCUAAACUCAUCGGAAACGAUUGAAUUAUUGUCGGACGACGAUGAUGAUGAUGCUGUGAGAAAUAGAGGUAUCAGCGGUUUUUGUGUGGAAGAUGCUGUUGAAACGGACGAUGAAGAUUGCCCGUCGGCAGAUGAAAUGGAUGUUAAACCAGACAUUCACAGUUUAAUGCGAACGGUGCAUCUUGGUGUCGAAAUAAAACAAGAAAUCGAUUAUAAUUGUUAUAAAUACGAUACGGGAAGUCAAAGUGAACCGAUUAUCGUGAAUGAUAUACCGUAUGCUGUCGAUGAUGAAGAUAAAUUCAAUGAAGAUAUUUUGAUAUGUGAACCACCACGUAAACGAAUUCGACCAACAGAUGUGAACGAAUUCACCAGCCUUCUGGCUAGUGAAACCGAAACAGAACUCGAAUCCGAAUCAAAAGAUGAAGAAAAUGACACAAUAAAUGAAUCUGGUUCAGAACAAAUUUUUGCACCCGAAUACCAAAUGAGCGAUACAACACGCAAAGAAAAAUGUAAAAUUGUUGUACGAUCACGUGGUCAACAGCUUGCAACUGAUAUGCUUAUGUCCGAAAAAUUAUUGAUGAAAAAUAUAAAUGAAGCAAGUGCACCGGUGCAAGGGACGGCUGGUGCAAAGACACCAGCUGGUCCAUCCACAUCGACAUUCAUUCUAGAUUCAACCUAUUUACCCGAACCGGAAUUUAGCAAAAUUUCGAUUCAAGAUUUGAACAAUCAAUUCAUUUCGGAAAUUACAAAAUGGAACUAUGCAUGGAUUCGAGACAAGAACCCAAAUCCACUGCAAUAUCAAAUGCAAGUGAAACCACUUGGCGUAAAUUUUGCGAAUUUGGCCGCGUUUCAAAGGCAAAUAAAAAACUUUCUACUCAUGGAAAUAUAUUCGAUCGUGUACACUGAAUUUCACCGAAUUCACAAACGGAGCCAAAAUACAUUUACAAAAUUGAUGGAUUACCAAUAUGACGAAAAUUUGAAGCGUUACAUUUAUACAUGCUUUGCUGAGACUAAAGACUGUCGAGUGGCUGAGAUUCUCCCGGGUGAUUAUACUGUUGUGACAACCCACAAAGGACAUUGUAUGGCAUUCGUUACGUACGCUCGCCGGGAGUCAAAUGGAUGGCAAUUCGAAAUGCAAAGUGCCCAUGUCAUAGAAAAAGAUAAAAAAUUCAAACCGAAAUGUCUUCAAGUCACCUUUGUAGCGAAUGUUCAAGCAAUGUUGGAAUAUUUUAUCAGUUUGUUUGAACUCAGAAAAUCAUCACUCCUAGAGGUGUUUUUAUGUCCAAGUAGUCAACAUGUGGAUCAAUCUCAAACUGCCAAUGACUUCAGUAAAGGAGACAAAUUCACGGACAUUUUGGAAAAAAUCUAUGAGAAAUGUGCGAUUUCAUUGAUUGGAUGCCGCAAAAUUUUGUUAGUCAAUGGUGGUGCCGGAACGGGGAAAACAAAAUUCAUUUGCAGUCUACUUAAAAAGUUCAAAAAUGAAAAUUUUCAAUACACAAAAUCGAUUUUAGUUUGUGGCAUAAAGAAUGUUCUCGUUGAUCAAAUGGCAGUGGAAGUUUUUCGGGAUAUAACCAGCAUCGCACGAUUUGGAAAAUUCUCAAACAUGAGGAGUGAUGUUCGCACAAAAAUUGGCGUCGAAAAAUUCAGCCCGAAAUUGAAAGAUGUGAAUAUUGUAUUUACAACUGUAAGCAAUGCCGUUGAUUUGUUGCAUGUCGAUAGAUCAUUUGACGUGUGCAUUGUGGAUGAUGCUUCACUUUGCUCAGAAGCCGAAAUUUUGCCACUAUUUCGGCUGAAAUUGACCACACUGCUAUUGGUCGGCGACGAAAAACUUCAGACCUCAUCAACGAUCAAUGAAUGCUGUCGUGAUAAUGGAUACUCUCGUUCGCUGUUCACUCGUGUCAUUGCCAGUUACAAGCAAUUGAAUUCGGAACGAAUUCUCUAUCCAACGCUGUACGAACAACAUCGAAUGCUGCCCGAACUAAGUUUAUGGCCAAACAAGUUUUUCUAUCAAAACCAGAUGAAGAUGGGAUCAAUCGCACGUUGUGCGCGAUCUCCAUUCCACCCAUACACCGUGUUCCAAGUCAAUCAAAUCGAAGAUAUUGAAAUUGACUUUUUAAAACAACUUUUAGAAUUUUGCUUGCAAUAUAUCGAACCGAAGAGAUGCUCUUAUGGAAUCAUCUGUGGGCAUCCGAGCUCGAAAGAUGAAAUCGAAGCUCAGAUCAAAGAAAAUCAGCGAUUCAGUGGAAUUGAAGUCAGUGGAUAUGAUUCAUUUCAAGGCCAACAAAAAGACAUAAUUAUUAUGGUGGCAUUGAAGCCAACCAAUGGAUUUGAACUGUUUAGUACAAAGGAAACGUUAGGCAUUGCUCUUACUAGAGCUAAAGAAUCGCUUAUCUUUUGCGGUAAUUUCCAACAUGUAACCACCGUUGUCGAUUCAAUGACGAGCAUAUGGACGUCAUUACUUAGUGAUGCCAAAACACGAAAACGCUUCUAUGACCUCAACGGAAUGUUUGAUGAAUCGCUGGUUAAGAACGUAUUGAAGAAUCGGUGAAUCCGAAGAGGCCCACCUCUAUAUACUCAUUUUCCAGCUUUUUUUACUAGUUAUAACGGCCCACGACUUUUUUUUAAUGAAAAGACAAAUUAGCAGUAAAAUAGUUUUAAAAAUGUAUUUUUUGAUAUCAUUUACAAAUUUACAAAAAAGUAUGGAAUCGGAUUUCGAUCAAAACGUGGCGAAUUGUAAUUCAAUAUUUUGCGACUUUUUUGCGAGAAAAAUUCCAUUUUUUGUAUUUAUAAAAAAAUUUACAUGAAAAAUUUUUGCAAAUUUUAAUUGAAGUAAGAAAUUAUUUUACAACUUCAAUAAACUUUGUCUGUUUGCAACUAGGGAUCUGGACAAAAAAAACUCCCACAAUUUUAAAUUUAGUUGAAAAUAACAAAGAAAGAAAAACUUUAUUUAAAACACUGUAUUUUAGCUUAAAGAGCAAUGAAUUUUCAAAUAAAAUAUUAAAAUGUUAAACUGAUU